AUGAUUGAUAUGGAGCAAUGUUCGGAUCUCCCGAGCCUGAAUAACUCAUUAUUUUCGAAUUGCGCUAAAUUAAAAUCAAUCAAAAUGCCACAAAAGAUCACAAUUAUUGGAAAUGGAUGCUUCUUUAAUAACGUAUUGCUUAACUCUAUCACAAUUCCAGACUCAGUUCAGAUAAUAAAGGGAUGGAGUAAUGUGGAUUAUGCUCCAUUUCAAAACACUCUCAAGGAAAUCAAAAUAUCCCCUAAUUCUAAGCUCACGACAAUUGAGAACGCUGCAUUUAUGUCAUCUAAGAUAACAAAUAUUUUCAUUCCGAAAUUAGUAACUUAUCUUGACCCAGGUUUUAUUUUAAACUGUAAUAUUCAGAGAAUAGAAAUCGAUAACGAUAAUCCUAUUUAUAAAACCGACGGAACUGUUAUAUACAAAGAUAAUAACUCAACAAUUUGGUGCGUAUCAAAAGCUGUCAAUGGAGUUUUUAAUAUUCCUAGUUAUGUGACGACACUGGCUACAUCUUGCUUCAGAGGUGUACCAAUUACAAACAUAACAUUCCCUCAAGAUGCAAUGAAUUUUGAUAGUUUUAAUUUUGGUCAAACUAAUUUUGUUGAAUUUAACUGUCCAUCAUAUAUGACAUCAAUUCCUCCAAGCUUUUUGAAUCGUUGCUUCCUAUUGACUACUGUUCAUUUAUCUCCAAAAAUACAAAGUAUUGGAGAUCAUGCAUUCCUUGAGUGUCAUAAUCUAGUAAAUAUUGAGCUCCCUCCAGCUCUUACUAAGAUUGAUGAUAUGGCAUUUUCUUCUUGCACUAGUUUGAAAAAAUUAGUUUUCACACCUAAUUUGUCUAAGAUUGGCGAGUCCGUUUUCUCAGACUGUACACUUGAAAUCGACACAACAAAUAACUCGUACUUUCUGUAUCAAAAUCACAUGCUACUUUCUCAGAAUAGGACAGCUUUAACAGAUAGUUUUGGUACUGACAGAGAUACAAUACUUAAUAUCCCAAUUGAAUGUUUUACUAUUGGAAAAAAUACAUUCUAUAAUAAAUUGCUCAAAAAGGUUACAUUUGCAGGCAAUAAUCUCACCAGUAUCAAUGAAUCAGCUUUCGCAUCAUCAAGUAUUGUUGAGAUCAUACUUCCUUCGAGUCUUUGUAUUCUUGGAAAGCAGUGUUUCAUAUCUUGUUCUCAACUGACAUCAGUAACUUUUAAUGGAAACUCUCUAAAUGAAAUUCCAGAUGAGUUUUUCCGCAAUUGUGCCAAACUUAGUACUAUUGUUCUUCCUCCUUCGAUCACUUCUAUUGGCGACUACUCUUUCUACCAAUGCACUUCCAUUGGAGAUAUUGGCAUCAGCAAUACUCAGAUACUUAAUAUUGGAAGAUAUUGUUUCAGUAAGAGUAGCCUUAGUAUCUUUGAUGUUGAUCAUUAUAUCUCUCGAAUAUUAUUCAACAGUUUUGAGUCCAGUUCAGUAUCUACUGUUUCAAUUUCGAGCAAUUCUAUCCCAGAGAGAUGCUUCCGGAACUGUGAAUCUCUUACAAGUAUAACUCUCGGCGAAGGCAUUGUCUCUCUCUCAGAUGAGUGCUUCAAGGGAUGCACGAAACUCGCAUC